AUGGUGCUAGUAGUCUACUCUGAUUCUGAAGGCUCAGAUGCUGAGCCAGAUACUACACCCGCCUCCCAGAUCAGCAAGGCAAAGAAAUCCGACUCCAAAACCGGGUUCCAGAUCGACCGCAACAAUCCACGCAAGAUCCGUCUCGCGAUUCCAGAAAUCAAACCCGAACACCCAUCCGGCGAAGAUACAGAAGAUGGCCCGCGCAAAAAGCCUCGAUUAGGUGGAGGAGGAGGCCUUUCCGGUUUCAACGCUUUCCUUCCAGCGCCGAAACGAAUAGUCGAAAAGAAAGCAGCAGUGGCGACAACACGAAAACCGUUUAGCCUCAAAACAGGAGCAGGCCCUGGGUUUGAUCGCACAGCUGAUGCCGAAAUGAAGAAUGAUUUCGCGUUCGAAAAUCUAGCGGGCGGAGAUGUGAAGGACACCACAUCUGCACCCGGUAGCCCAAAACCCGACACUGCAUCAGAGACGAUAAAAAAUCCGGUGGAGGUCAAAUUGCAAGGAAAUCCGAUGAUGUUCAGACCGUUGUCCGUCGGACGACCUCAAAAGAAGAGAAAGACCACCAAGAUUGCUGAGCAACCAACACCUUCCUCAUCAGCAGCGCCGAAGCCUGCCCAAUCUCUACAGCAAGCCCCUGCACCUGCGCCUGCACCUACGCCUACACCACCGAAACCUAAAGUCAGUCUCUUCUCUCUAUCCUCGGACGAGACCACUUCUCAGCCGGGCCCGGCACCUGGACCAUCAGCAACCUACCAGCCGCUGGUGUACAACGCCGAAGACGAAGAAGUAUCAGCAGAUGAUCCAGUACUCGCUGAGCCUACACAAAUCUCCAUGGAGCACUCCAGAGCAACAGUAUCAACCAAUCCUACAUCAUCCUUGGACAGCAUUGCAAACGACCUGAACUUGUCCAAGUCUGAAAGACGCCAGCUCUUCGGUCGAAAUGCCGCGGCGUCGCAGUCACAGGUGCGUACCUUCAACAUAGACGAGGAGUACGCGUCAAAUAAGGUUCUGGCGGAAGGAGAGCUCGCCGGAGCACAGCACAAUCCUGUACGCGCCAUUGCGCCGGGCAAGCAUACUCUCCAGCAAUUGCUCAAUGUCGCAAGCUCUCAAAAGGAGGCAUUGGAGGAAAGCUUUGCAACGGGUCGGAGAAACAAGAAGGAAGCUGGAUCCAAGUACGGAUGGUAG